AUGAGUGUCGCGUUGUUUUUUUCAUCCUUUUUGACCGUUCCCUAUUUCCCGUGUAUCUGCCUUUCUUUUUGCGGUGCAGAAUUUAUCCGAGCUAAUCAAACAAGUAAAAGACUAACAACAAAUUUGAAUAUGACUAUUAAAGUUGGCAUCAAUGGUUUCGGCCGUAUUGGUCGCAUGGUGUUCCAGGCACUGUGCGACGACGGCCUCCUCGGGAAUGAGAUUGAUGUCGUUGCUGUUGUGGACAUGAACACGGACGCUCGCUACUUCGCCUAUCAGAUGAAGUACGACUCCGUGCACGGCAAGUUCAAGCACUCUGUGUCGACUACGAAGAGCAAGCCAUCCGUCGCGAAGGAUGAUACUCUCGUCGUCAACGGCCACCGCAUCCUUUGCGUGAAAGCGCAGCGGAACCCUGCGGACCUCCCAUGGGGAAAGCUUGGUGUGGAGUAUGUGAUUGAGUCAACUGGCCUCUUCACAGUGAAAUCUGCUGCCGAGGGUCACCUCCGUGGUGGUGCUCGCAAGGUUGUCAUCAGUGCCCCCGCCUCUGGUGGCGCCAAGACGUUCGUGAUGGGCGUGAACCACAACGACUACAACCCUCGUGAACACCAUGUGGUGUCGAACGCCUCAUGCACAACUAAUUGCCUCGCCCCACUCGUGCACGUGUUGGUGAAGGAGGGCUUCGGCAUCUCCACUGGCCUCAUGACCACUGUUCACUCGUACACAGCCACACAAAAGACCGUUGAUGGUGUUUCCGUCAAGGACUGGCGUGGUGGUCGCGCUGCAGCCCUGAACAUCAUCCCAAGCACCACUGGUGCCGCCAAAGCCGUCGGCAUGGUGAUCCCGAGCACUCAGGGCAAGCUUACGGGUAUGGCCUUCCGUGUUCCCACGGCUGAUGUCUCUGUGGUGGACCUUACCUUCAUUGCGACGCGCGACACGAGCAUCAAGGAGAUCGACGCUGCCCUGAAGCGCGCCUCCAAGACAUACAUGAAGAACAUUCUCGGUUACACCGAUGAGGAGCUCGUCAGUGCCGACUUCAUCAGCGACAGCCGCAGCUCCAUUUACGACUCCAAGGCGACCCUGCAGAACAACCUCCCCAACGAACGUCGCUUCUUCAAGAUUGUCUCGUGGUACGAUAACGAGUGGGGUUAUUCCCACCGUGUGGUGGAUCUUGUCCGCCACAUGGCCGCUCGGGACCGUGCAGCAAAGCUAUAA